AGGAAACCUAUGAUAAGGAAAAUGUGCGAAAUUUUUGUGAUUUAUUAAUCGGCGCCAAACACGAGGCCGAGGCUAAGGAAAAGGACUCGGCUCACCAUUUGUCCGAUAUUAACCUGGCUACAACACUGUUUGAUUUAUUUAUUACCAGCUCCGAUGCGUCCCACAUGUUUUUAUGGUUAUUACUAUUUGUGGCCUAUUACCCGGAAGUGCAACAAAACAUACGCGAUGAAAUCCGUAACGAGCUAGGUGAUAAACCGGUAACCACUGAUGACAGACACAAAUUGCAUUACACUAUGGCCUAUGUCUACGAGAUAUUGAGAUACAGAAACUCAACGCCCAUUGGUUUCUUUCACUCGACUAUAAAAGAAUGUAAAUUAGGAAACUAUACCCUACCGAAAGAUACCUGUGUAGUAUUGCAACAAUACUCUAUAUUAAUGGAUGAUAAGUACUGGGAUAAACCGGAUCGAUUUAACCCUGGUCGCUUUUUGGAUGAUCAGGGUAAACUGGUUACCGUAAGACCAGCAGCUUUUAUACCAUUUGGUUGCGGACGUCGUAUGUGUAUCGGCGAACAGUUAGCUACGAAUAAUUUGUUUUUGGCCUUGGUCAGUUUACUGCAAUUAACCAAUAAUUAUACUAUUGACCUGGCUGAUAAGUCACCUCGAUCAUUAGAGGCAGAUCCAGUUAACUUGUGGAUACAGUUCCCGUAUAAGUUUAAGCUAAUCUUAAAAAGCAAAUAA